AUGUUUUUUACUAGAAUUCUUUUAUCUCCUCCAAAAUCUCCCAGGAACAUUUUCUUCCCAUGGCAAAAUAUAUGCGUUCACAGAACAGGAGCAUUUCUAGAACGCAAUAGACUUGCCCUGAGGGUUCCCAUCAACCUCACCAAGUUUGAGAUAAGGGAGUAUUUAAGGAAGCUCUACGAUGCCAAGGUCAUCAAAGUUAACACACUAAUUAAAAUACCUAAAAUAAAAAGAGACUUUUCAAGCAAAGUCCCAAAAUAUUAUAGAAAUGGACCCAUGUAUAAGAAGGCUAUAGUAACUCUUGAACACUCAGUCCCUGACGAGGUUAAGAUGUUGGGAAUGGACUUCGAGUUGGGAAAGAAUCCAUCAAUAACAAAGAAGAAUGUACAUUACGGGAAGAAAUCAGAUUUUAGUUAUUUACCAGAUAGAAAAAAUGACCCAUUUACUGGAGAAUACGAGGAAGCGUGGAAGUUACCCAUACCGAACUUGUUAGCAGAUGAUGAAUGGGAAAUUAUACCAGAAUUAAAUCAAAAUGUUGACUACAUGAGAAUGAAACCGGAUCCUACAGAACCACACAUCCACGGAGGAUCUUACACAUACAACCGGAAGCCAGACACAGUUCCAGCCCAGGAAAAUCAAAUAAUGGAUUUAACUCCAUGGAGAAGGAAAUUAAAGAAAAUGGAAAAGACUAGUGAUAAAGAUACAGAUUUUGAAUCUGAGGAGGCUAAACCUACACCCUGGAAUUUCCCUCCAGCACAUUAA